AUGCUACUUGGAGAAGCUGUGUGCUCGGAAGUAGAAGGCAGAGACACCAACAAAAUCAAAUCUGACUUGAAACCUUUAAGACCCUUGAUAGUUCAAACUAUAAACAGGAUUAAAACAGAAAAAAAAGAGAAAAAGUUCAUGGAGACCAAAGCUUUUCAUGACGCACAAGAGAAACUCGGAAAGAACAGAGUCAUAAUGAUCAAGGGUAACACAGGAGACGGCAAGACUUCGACUGCCUUUCAACUCAUGGACUGGCUGAUCAAGGAGCAGCAAUGCAGGCAACCUCUUCAGCUUCAUGAAAUCAAGAAAUUAGAUAAAUUGUCUCCAGACUCGAGUCUGGUUACUUUUAUUGAUGAUAUUUUUGGAGAGAGAAAUGUUAGAAAUACGGAUGUAGCUGAGUGGAACAAAAGAAUUAAUAAUGUAAAAACACUGUUUGUAGAUCAACAAAUGAAGGCCAAUUUUUUGCUUGUUACUAUUCGUAAUGAAAUAUAUAAUGAUUUGAAAGAGCGAUCUUUGGAACCAGUUUUUACCAAAGAUAACCUUAUUGACAUGAGUUCGGACACAUACAGGAUUUUAGAGGAAAGAAAAGAACUUCUACAAAAAUAUCUGCCAAACAAUUAUAAAUGGGAAGAGAAAGAAAUAGAAAGUAUUGUAAAAUCUGCUUCAAGCAUUGGCUUUCCCCAAUGCUGCCACCUUUUCUAUAACUCCGUGGAAUUGCAGGCAAAACGUGGGGAAUUUUUUGAGAAACCUUUUGAAUUUUUGAAUGAAGCAUUGUCUAGAUUAUCAAAAUGUUGUGCCAUUUUGUUUCUUUUCCUCAAUGGAGGGGAGAUAAAAGUUAAAGAUCUAGACCCAAACAGUGAUGAAAUCAACAAAACAUUGUUAGAGGAAUCAUUUGAUAUUAAUCUGAUUGAUGGUGAGGAGGACAGAUCCUCAUUGAAGUACGAGAGAAAAGUAGGAUUUGUAAAAGAAAGUUUAGACAGAUUGCUAGGAUUUUUAGUGGUGAAGGAGAAAAAUUGGUUUGGUGAUGAAGUAUACAGAUUUAAUCAUGAUUCUGUACGUGUCACAGUAGCUCGUUUGUAUUGGAACAAAACACCAGUUGGUUAUAUACAGAAUUGUCCAGUGAAAUUCCUCGGUUAUCUCACAACCUCAAAAACAUCCACAGACAUGAUUGUUUUAUCAUCAGAUAAUUAUACACGUCUAUGUGAACGUCUGCUGCGAGAGUUUGAGUGUGAGGAGUAUGAUUAUAAUAGUAGAUAUAUUAUUAAGUCUCUAGAUGUAUGGAAAGAUCCCGUAUUUGUUAAAAGAUUCGAUGAGUUGUUGAAUGAGAAAAAGGUUGAUAAACGUGCUGUGUUAAAUAGAGCAUGUAAAUAUGGUGUAAAAGAAUGUGGUUUAUAUCUUCUGAGUGUGGGAGUCAAACCUGACAAGUACACAGACUUGUGGUCAUUGAUUAUAGUAGGUGAUUGGGAUGGUGAGGGAGAUGUGGAUGUACUUAAGGAAGUUGUUAAAUACCUGAAUGAUGAGAAGAAACAUGACUUGUUAAAUGAUGCAUGUCGUGCUGGUUCAACAUAAUGUGGUUUAUAUCUUCUGAGUGUGGGAGUCAAACCUUACCAUGUCACAUACUUGUGGUCAUUGAUUAGAGUAGGUGAUUGGGGUGGUAAGGGAGAUGUGAAUGUACUUAAGGAAGUUGUUAAAUACCUGAAUGAUGAGAAGAAACAUCGCUUGUUAAAUAGAGCAUGUUAUACUGGUUCAACAGAAUGUGGUUUAUAUCUUCUGAGUAGAUAA